AUGCGAAUGUCGAGCUCGGGUGGAACACCGCGAAAAUUCUCGGAGAAGAUCGCAAUUUUGGAGCGAAAACAAAAUGAGGAGAAUAGCACAUUUGCGGAUAUUAUGCGAGAAGUUCGAUCGAUAACCACAACAAAUGAUCAAACUACAAAUCCGAUUGGAAUUCCUGGGCAACAGAAUCUACUAACACCACAACAUGGCGGAGGAUGGCGGGGAGGACAGGCGUAUGGAAGUUUGCCCAAUGUUCAUCAAAUGCCUUCGUAUUCGGAUGGUGGACAACCUUGGCAGCAACAACCAUGGCAGAAUGAUAUGAAUUUAGAGCAGCAGCAACAGCACCAGCAAAAUGGUGGGGGUGGAAGUAAUCAUCGAAUUUAUCCGAUGGUGAGUAUGGUUUUGGGGAGAGGGACUAGAUUUUCGCAUUUGGGGAAAACUAGUCCUCGCUUUAUAUUUUUCAAAAUCUUCACAAAAAUGUUUUAUUUCCCGCUUCGAAUUUCGGGGACUAGUUUUUCACCUGUGGCAAUCCUAGUCCCUCAAUUCUGCAUGAAAAUUGGGGGACUAGAUUUUCGCAUUUGAAGAAAAACUAGUCCCCCACUUUUUAUUUUUCAAAAUCUUCACAAAAAUGUUUUAUUUCCCGCUUCAAAUCUCGGGGACUAGUUUUUCGCCUGUGGCAAUUCUAGUCCCUCAAUUCUGAAUGAAAAUUGGGGACUAUCUUUAAAAUUUGAGAAAAACUAGUCCCUCGCUUGAAAUUAUUCAAAUACGUCAUAUAUUUUCUGGAUAUCGAGUCGGGGACUAGUUUUUUCGCCUGUGGGAAAACCUAGUCCCUCAAUUCUCGAUGAAAAUUGGGGGGACUAGAUUUUCGCAUUUGGGGAAAACUAGUCCCCCGCUCGAAAUUAUUCAAAAUGUGAAUUUUUGGCACCAAGACAAAAUUUUUGAACAAUUUUUCUGAAAAAAAUUCAAAGCCUACAUAUUUUUUGCACAAAAUUCUAAAAUUGAAUGAUUUUUAAUUUUAAAAUCUUCACUGUUUCAAAAAUUUCUGAUAAAUUUCAAUAGAUUUCCUAGACCUUGGUAACUCCAUUGCUAAUUUUCCACGAGCUCCAAUUUUUGCUCCAAAAAAUCUAUUUUUAUUCGUGUUCUUGGAACUUUUUUCCCCUGUUCUUUGGAAAAAUUUCUGAUUUUUUUCCGCUUCGAAAAUUUUGCAGAAAGAAUGUUCUAGUCUCAAAAUUUUUUGUGACUAACCAAAAUUGAUAAGAUGGUCAGAAAACGUGCAAAAAAUAGAGAAUUUGAAAUUUUAUUUGGAGUUUGAUAUGAAAAAUUUUGAAAAAUCCUAAUUUUUGCAGUCAAACCGUAGUCGUUCACCAGAAGAGCGUCAUUUGAUGGGAAAUGGUGUGAUUGGUCAUCAUUAUCAUCCAUAUGGACGUGGUUCAUCUUCACAUAGUCGAUCACCUGAUAGACUUCCACCACAACAUAAUAAUAGCAAUAAUUAUCCAAAUGCACCACAUUAUAUUCAUCAUCAAAUGCCUCAAAGUGCCGGAUAUCAACAACAACCACAAGGGCUGUUUCCACCUGAGAAUUGGAAUCAGUGAGUUUUGAAUUUUGGGGUUGGGAGAUUUAUGAAACAAAACAACGAAAAAUUCAAAUAAUUUUCUAAAUACAAUAUUUUUGAAACAGUAAAUUUUUUCCAAUAGACUUGAAUUUUUUUAAUUUUGCCACGUGAGCGUGAAAAUUUUCCAACUUGAAUCUGAAUGUUGAUUUUAUCAAAUUCAAAAAAAAACUAUCGAAAUUUAUGUGAUUUUUGAAACAGCAGAAUUUUCUGGAUUUUUAAAGGAACAUUUUUUAAAACAAAGUAUUGAAAACAUGAUCAGAAAUUGAUUUUUCAAUUGAAAAUUAGGCAAUAUUUUGAAACAGUGGAAAAUUUAAAAAGCAAAGUUAACACAUCAAAGUUCAAGAAAAUAUUAAAAUUAAUAUACAAAUUUUGAAACAGUAAGAUUUUUCGAUACUGUUCAAACCAUCAGAAGCGAAUCCGAGAAAAAGCCAUCAAAAUUUAUGUGAGAUUUUUGAAACAGUAUUUUUUUUAACGAUUUUUUAAUAAAAUUAUUUGAAGGCUAAAAAUGUAAUCAUUAUCAGAAAUAAAUUUUACACUUGAAAUUAUGACAGUUUUUGAAACAGUGAAUAAUUUCUGAAACAUAAAUUAUAUCAAAUUCAAGGAAACAUAUUGAAAAUUCAUAUCAAAAUUUUGAAACAGUGAGAUUUCUCAAUAAUUUUUCACCUAUGAAAGAAUUUUUGAAGUUUUUUUUUGAAAAUUUUUUCCUGAAACAGUGAAUUUUUCCGAUCUUUGUCUAUCUAUCGAAUAGAAAAUCAGAUUUUUUGAAACGUAUGUUUUCACCGAAAAAUGUGAAGGAAUUGGGGGAAAUUUGAAAAUUCUACUGUUUCAAGAUUUUAUUUGGGAUAUCAUGAUAAUUUUCACUGCUGAAUAAAACUUUUCAAUGUCAAAUUUCAGGCAAAAAAUGUUCGAAAAUUUUUUUGGAAAGUUAAUGAAUAGUUCAUCGAAUCCAAGAAAAAGCCAUCAAAAUUUAUAUGAGAUUUUUGAAACAGUCAAUUUGUUAGAAUUCACAUUUUUGAAGAAAAAAUUUUGCCAAUAUUUGUCACUGAUAAAUUAUCAGAGAUUGAUUUCACACUUGAAAUUAUGACAGUUUUUUGAAACAGUGAAUAAUUUCUGAAACAUAAAUUAUAUCAAAUUCAAGAAAAUAUUAAAAUUAAUAUACAAAUUUUGAAACAGUGAGAUUUUUCAAUAGAACUAUAAAAGAAAUUUUGAAGCUGCUUCAAAAAUAUUUUUUCUAAAACUGUAGAAUUUUUCCUAUCUUUAGCUAUAUACUGAAUAGAAAAUAAAACCAUUUCAAGAUUUCUUUGGAUUUUUUGAAACGUAUGUUUUCACCGAAAAAUGAGGAGGAAUUGGGGGAAAAAUUUGGUUUAAAAUAUCUACUGUUUCAAGAUUUAUAUUUGGGAAAUCAUGUGAAUUUUCACUGCUGACGAAAGUUUUUAAUGUCAAAUUUCAGGGAAAAAAUGUUCGGAAUUUUUUUGGAAAAUAUUAGGUAGGAUUUAUCGAAUCCAAGAAAAAGCCAUCAAAAUUUAUGUGUAUUUUUUGAAACAGUCAAUUUUUUGCUGAAAAUUUUUUAGAAGUGGAAAAGCCUCGAAUAAUCAGAAAUUAAUUUUACACUUGAAAUUAUGACAGUUUUUUGAAACAGUGGAAAAUUUCUGAAACAUAAAUUGUAUCAAAUUCAAGGAAACAUAUUGAAAAUUCAUAUCAAAAUUUUGAAACAGUGAGAUUUUUCAAUAGAACUGUGAAAGAAAUUUUGAAGUUUUUUUUUUGAAAUAAUUUUCCUGAAACAGUGAAUUUUACCGAUAUUUGUCUAUCUAUUGAAUAGAAACUAAAAAUUUUCAAAAUUAAAAAAAAAUUUUUAAACGUAUGUAUAAUUUCUGUAAUUGUUUCGGAUUUUUAAAAACCAUCAAAUGUGGAAUUUUUGAAAUGGUAAAUUCUUCAAAGACUUUUUGUGAUAUUUUUUAUUAACCUUAUAAAUUUACCCCAUUAACUUAUCGAAAAAUUAAUCAAAAACUCAUACAAUUUUUGAAACAGUGAAUUUUUGCUUUGCAGAAUAAAUCGUGCUCGAAGUGAUCCAGCAAUUCAUAAUAUGGGAAUGGUUCAACAACAACCUCAAAAUCAUCAACAUAUGCAUUUUAUUCAACAACAUCCCAAUCCAAAUCACGAGAUGUUUUAUGCACAAAAUUCGAUGGUGAGAUUUUGCCACCAAAAACCCUGGCAAAUUUUAAAUUCUGAUUUUUUGCAGCCUGGUCCGUCUUCUGGAAUGAUUCCAGCACCUCUACAAUUAUCAAAUAUUCAACAACAACAAAAUGGAAGUGGAGGAGGAGGGAUUUCACCAUUACAAUCACCAAAUAUGAUGCCAAAUCCAAUGGGAGGAUAUUGGUGAGUUGGAUUUUUAUUUGGUAGGCGAAAAAUUGAAACAGAAAAUUUUUCUGAAAGCAAAAAAUAUACUAGAUGUUAUUUUCCCAACGAGAUACAACUUCAUAUUAAAUUCUAUUUAUUUCAUGAUAAAUUAUUGAAACAGUAGAUUUUUUUGGGCAAAAACCCGGAGAAUUUCAGCUUUUCAAACAUUUUGAUUUAUUUUUGGUUUCGAUAGAAAUUGAAUUUUCAAUCUCAAAUUCUUUUUGAAAAAUUAUUGAAACAGUAAAUUUUUAAUGAACAUUUUGGUGAAAAACUGGUUUAUUGUAGCUUGUAAUUUUCACUGUUUCAAAAAUGCAUGAAUCUAGAAACAUUAGGUUAAAUUUUGAUAAAUGCCAAAUUGGGGUAAAAAAAUUAUCUAGAACUCACGAAAUAUUAAUUAAUAACAUAACUACAAAAAUCUAAAAGAAAGAAUGUAGUUUUUGUUCCCAAAAAUUUCACUGUUUCAAAAAUUUUAUGAUUUUUCCAGAGAUUUUUGAAAUUUUGCUCACCCCCAUAAUAGCUCAUUUGAAUUCAAUUUUGAAAGUUGGAAAAAAAGCGUCUGCAAAAUCUCGCUGUUUCAAAAUUUCUAUAAAAAUUACUGGGCUAAAAGGUGGAGUUUCAGAACACGUUUCAACAUUAAAAAACACGUCUAUAAAAUUUCACUGUUUCAAAAAUUUUAUGAUUUUUCUAAAGAUUUUUGAAAUUUCGCUCACCCCCAUACCAUCUCACUUAAAUUAUUUGAAUUCAGUUUUGAAAGUUAGAAAAAAAGUGUCUGCAAAAUCUCACUGUUUCAUAAUUUCUAUAAAAAUUACUAGGCAAAAAAAUGGAGUUUAACAACAAAUUUCUUUCAACAACAAAAACCCGUCUAUAAAAUUUCACUGUUUCAAAAAUUUUAUGAUUUUUCUAAAGAUUUUUGAAAUUUCGCUCACCCCCAUAAAAGCUCGCCUAAAAAAUUUGAAUUCAAUUUUGAAAGUUGGAAAAAAGCGUCUGCAAAAUCUCACUGUUUCAAAAUUUCUAUAAAAAUUACUGGAGUUUAGGAACAAAUUUCAACAACGAAAACACGUCUAUAAAAUUUCACUGUUUCAAAAAUUUUAUGAUUUUUCCAGAGAUUUUUAAAAUUUGGCUCAGCCCCAUAUCAUCUCACUUAAAAUAUUUGAAUUCAGUUUUGAAAGUUGAAAAAAAAGCGUCUGCAAAAUCUCACUGUUCCAAAAUUUCUAUAAAAUUAACAAGGCAAAAAAUUGAAGUUUAGGGAAAAAUUUCAACAACAAAAAACACAUCUAUAAAAUUUCAAUGUGUCAAAAAUUUUAUGAUUUUUCCAGAGAUUUUUGAAAUUUUGCUCACCCCCAAAAUAGCUCACUUAAAAUAUUUGAAUUCAGUUUUGAAAGUUGGAAAAAAAGCGUCUGCAAAAUCUCACUGUUCCAAAAUUUCUAUAAAAAUUACUAGGCAAAAUUGAAGAUUUUGAACAAAUUUUAACAACAAAAAACACAUCUAGAAAAUUUCACUGUUUCAAAAAUUUAUGCAAUUUUAGAAUAACAAAAUUACCCAAAAAUUGUAAGUUUCAAAAAUUAUCUAAUAUUCCCAAAGAAUUUUGAAAUUUUGCUUCAUUUUUCAUCUCCAUAUUCAUAUUUUCAGUUAUCAAAACGGUUCAUCUCAUGUUUCACCAAUGCAAUCACCAAUGGGUUCACCACACGCAUCUUCUCUAAUGUUAGAUGGCGGAAGUCAAACACCAUAUAUGGAACUAAGUCCGCCAGGAAUGCAACAAAUCGAUCAAUCAAUGGGUUCACUACCAAAUGUAAAUAAUUUGCAACAAAAUGGAGGAGGAGGAUAUUAUCAGAUACAACAAGGACAAACAACACAUCAACCAAUUGGACCAAGACAUAGUACUGGUGGAAGUUGUGGAUUAUCGAGAUUGGCACCUGGUGGACCAUCACAAUCUGAACAAUCAUCGCAAUCGGCACCGACUUCACCUCAUCAACAAUUUGAUCAGAAUCAACAACCGAGUUGGCCGACUAGGUUUGGAGAUUUUUUUGGGAGGGAAAUAUUCGCUGUUUCAAGAAUUUGUGGAUUUCAAAGAUGCUUUUAAAUAAAUGUUGGAGAAAGCGUACUUAGAACAAUUCACUGUUUCAAAAAUUUUGCUAUUUCAAAAUAUGAAGAUUUUAAUCCAAAAAAAAUCAAAAUUCAAAAGAGCAACAAAAAUUUAGCACAAAAAUUUACUGUUUCAAAAUGUGUUUCAAAAAGUUUAAUCCAGAAAAGUUUAUAAAUUUUUUUUUUGAAAAUUCAUUUUUUCAAAAAUUCUAAUGAAUUUUGGUUUUGUUUUUGAAAUUAGUAAAUUAAUUGUUUUUGAAAUUAGAAACUAAUUUUAAAAUUUGUUGAAAAAUUUUCUGUUUCAAAAUUAUGUUGACCUGAGAUCCUAGAAUAAAAUUUCUCAAAAAAUAUUGUGCGUUUGGAAAUGAGAGUCACCCCGCGAAAAAUUAAAUUUGAAUUUGUUGCAGGAGACGCAGACAGCGAGAGAGCGCGCUGGCAAUCAGCCAACGGGGGUUUUGUAUGGGAAAGCGACCGCAACGCACACGCAUCGCGGGGGUAGGGGGAAAUUAGAGAUUUUCCCAAAUUCAAAUUUAUUUUUUCGCGGGCUGACUCUCAUUUCCAAACGGACAAUAUAUGAAUUAUGUGAAACAGCGAAUUUUUUAUCGGAAAAAAUUCUUAGAAAUUGUUUCAAAAAUACACUGUUUCAAAAAUUUUGCUAAUUCAAAAUAUGAAUUUUAGCUGACACAAUACAUUUUUGGGAAAAAAUCAUUCAAUUUCACUGUUUCAAAAAUUUGUCAAAGAAUUUGACAUCGUUUUGUUCCUCAAAUUUUAAAUUUAGAAAAUUAUGGAAAAAUUUACUGUUUCAAAAAUUUUGCUAAUUCAAAAUAUGAAGAUUUUAUUUCAAAAAAAUCAAUAUUCAGAAGAGCAACAAAAAUUUAGCACAAAAAUUUACUGUUUCAAAAUGUGUUUCAAAAAGUUUUAUCCAGAAAAGUUUAUAAAUGUUUUUUUUUGAAAAUUUUUUUUUUCAAAAAUUCAAACAAAUGUUGAUUUUUUUUUGAAAUUGGUAACAAACAGUGGCCUUGAAAAUUGAAUUUUUAAUUUGUUGAAAAAUUUACUGUUUCAAAAUUAUGUCAAAGAUUGUUCAUUCACUCAGAUCCUAGAAUAAAAUUUCUCAAAAAAUAUAUGAAUUUUGUGAAACAGUGAAUUUUUUAUCGGAAAAAAAAUUCUUAGAAAUUGUUUCAAAAAUACACUGUUUCAAAAAUUUUGCUAAUUCAAAAUAUGAAUUUUUUGCUGACACAAUACAGUUUUGAGAAAAAAAUCAUUCAAUUUCACUGUUUAAAAAAUUUGUCAAAGAAUUUGACCUCGUUUUGUUCCUCAACUUUUAAAUUUAAAAAACUUUUUAAAAAAUUAUGGAAAAAUCUAUUUUUUUCAAAAAAUUCAAAUAAAUGUUGGUUUUUUUUUAAAUUAGUAACAAAGAGAGAUCUUGAAAAUUGAAUUUUUAAUUUGUUGAAAAAUUCACUGUUUCAAAAUUAUGUCAAAGAUUGUUCAUUGAUCUCAAAUACUAGAAUAAAAUUUCUCAAAAAAUAUAUGAAUUUUGUGAAACAGCGAAUUUUUUAUCUGGAAAAAAUCUCAGAAAUUUUUUCAAAAAUACAAUGUUUCGAAAUUUUUUCUUCUAGAAAAAAAUCAAAAAUCGAAAUUCGAAUUUUCCAAAAUCUCAUAAAUAUUUUUUGAAACAGUAAAUUUCAUUUCAUUUUCACCCCAACUUUUUUUUUGCAGAACAUUUUCGAAUUCACCCGAAGCUCUCGAUAUUCCAACAGUGGUUUUGACAAAUGCUGAAGGAACACCCGGACAACAUUUGGAAUGUUUUAAUGAUCUACAGGUACAGUAAUCUUCUUUUUGGCGCCAAAACAUCCAUCUACAGUAAUUCUUUUUCUUUGCAGGACCUAACACUCAAUGAAAAUGAUCUAUCACUUUUAUGCAAUAAUGAUCAAAUUUAA